GGAUCAUUUAUGCUUCUGUCGAAUGCUCGAAACUACUAUGUGACGUUCCACAAGUGGGAAUUUAUGAUGACUCCUGUGGAACCAACCCAAAGAAGCCGGAUCUUUCUGAUAAACGCUUUAGCUCAAACCGUGAUGUCUGCCGUCAGCUUUUCCUGCGCGAACUUGGAAAUGGGGAACCGAAAACUGAAGAUAUCCCGGAUCUGCAUAACGUCACGUUAGAGCACUUCGAAAAGUAUAUUGCUGAAGUAAGCCUUUUUAAUGUUAACGAAACCUGUAAAAGCUACAAGAUUCUUGCGCUGCUCACCUAG